GAGAACUACUUUGGCAGCUUUGAUUUCUAAAAGAAAACUGGAUGUGUUUGAAACUACGGGCUUGACCUCUGGCUCGGGAGACAGAAUCUAUCACCUUAGCGUAAGGUGGUCUUGGCCUUCUCUGGUUGCGCGGCUUUCUAUUAUCCUCGGGCCGGACGGAGAUUGUCCCUCGAGUGCACAUAAUUCGUGUUCCACUACACUAAAUCAAGUCAGCUACCAUCCUUGAUAUAUGUUGUUCUCCUGUGCUCCUGUAAGAUCCUAUACCAGAUGCGCUUUUUCUCCUUUUUUGGACCCAACUCGCCCGGGCUGGGAUGUCAUCCGACCUAAGCGGGGUUGGCAGUACUCUCGUCUAGCAGUUAAGGCUUGGUGGGCGAUUCCCAUCCUUGGUCAAUCUACUCCUGCCUUGAAAACAAUCAUAUCCAAUUUCAAUGCGCUAUCACUACCUCAAUGCAAUUCAGUAUGUGAGUCUUCCGUGAAGGAAUGAAUUCAAGAGUGAACGGCUGCGGCACAUAGGAAAUAUAGAAUAUGAAACUAAAUUAUGUAUCGCCCGAAAGGGUUAAAAAAAGGGUUGAAGCUGUCGCAACAUUUGUCACAUCUGUCUGUAUCGGAUCUAUGCCCUCCUCAUGUUUAUAGUGCCUCUUCAAGCUCUUUUAUAAGGGAUUUCUAUUUCUACCGAGAAUAAGUCUCUCAAAUAGGCCUUUUAGGCCGGAUCUCUCAUAGGUAUGAACAAUUUACAAGAGCUCCGGUAAGGCUCGCAUAGGCUAUGGCUCUGAGCUCAUCUGGAUCUGAUAAGUCCAAUCCGCUUACUCCGGCUCUGCUGGUGCAAUUAGGAAGAUCUCUCUCACCUGGUCCGCCAUAGGUAAAUAAUCAUCAAUAGAUACAUCGGUCGAGCUUCCUUCCCUCAUCUCUAUACAAUUAUAUGCUUCAAGCUUAUGGACACUUCAAGCUCGUACCUUCGCAUCUUGCCUUU